CUUUCCCCCUUUUCCCCUUGCUUCUUUCUCUCUCCCAUUUGAAGCCCUUACCCUCUCCUUUCACGAAAACUCUCCCCCACUUUCUCGUUCUUCAACUCUGGAAAACCACACAAACCCUCUCAUUUCUUGUCUUUCUUUUUGCUGCUUGUUGUUUGAGAAGACGGAAUGAUGAUACCGACAAAGCCAGAAUCGACGGUUCGUUUUCACCACCACCAUGAAUGAUUGAUACAGAUACUAGCAGAACUAUAACAUUGAUGAAUUAAAAGAGGGGUUAAGGAGAGAUGGAGCAGGGCUGAUGGAAUCUGAGAUUAAGGAUGUUACAAAUGUUGUAGGCAUUGACAAUAUUGGGAUAAUAGACUAUGGAAAGUUUCUAGCAGCUCAAGUACACUUGAAUCAUGUUCUUGCAUUAAAAGUAAUGUUGUAUUUAGAUAGUGAUGCUUAUGUUUUCAAACAUGUAUGUUUUGUGUUAUGUAAACCAAAAUGACUUUAAAUGGUGUUCAUUCUCAUGAAUGCUUAUGUCUUAUUAGAGUUCUCUUCCAAGAAUGAUAUGGAUGAGGCUCAUUUUUACAUUUGCGCUACUAUAAAUUCAGAAAUGCUUCAUCAUGACAUAGCACGGAGACUUUACUACAUGGAGAAAGAAAGAUUGUUAGUGGAGAAGAUUGGUCAUUUUGUGGAAUUGUUUAUGGAUGUGAACAGUGAUAUACUGCUAUUUUGUAAAAGUGGAAUUGUCUGUGAACCAGACAUGAAAUGUCCGGUCAUAGCCAAUAGCCACUGGAACAGACAAAUGUGCUAAUUGGAAUUGUUUGUGAACGCAGCAUGAAAUGUAUGGUUGCAAACAAUAGUCACCGAAACAAGUUAAUCUGUCA